AGCAUUUGACCAGGAUGGCUGCCCCCACCGAGCUCCACACGCUGGAGAUCUCCCAACGACCUCGUAAGACCUGGGCGCAGACCUUCAAUGCCGUCUUAUUCUUCCUCGUGUUCAACCUCGGCUGUCUCAUGAUUAGUGGCUUCCAGUUCGCCUGUCUCCUCCCCCUAAGGCUUCUGCCAUUCCCAGAGGCGCAGAAGUGGUACGAUGAGGGUAUCAGAUACAGUAAAGGUGCUUGUGGCACGCUACUCGUGUUGGUAACUCAACUGUUUGCACCCGCUUCAUUGGUGGUCUCUUUCGAGCGCAAUGGACCCGGAGCGUUCUCCAGAGAAGAGCUUGACCGGCUCGUCGUCCGAGAUGGGUCCGGAAGGGUCACUGCUUUGCAGCUGCCGCCGAAAGCGGUCUGGAUCGCAAACCACCAGAUGUACGCGGAUUGGUGGUACGUAUGGUGUCUAACGUACUUCGCUGGAUCGUACAAGGACGUGUUCAUCGUUUUGAAGAAGAGUCUCAAGUGGCUGCCUAUCAUUGGAUGGGGCAUGCAACUCUAUAAUUUUAUCUUCCUGAGUCGUUCAUGGGCCUCGGACCGACUGCACCUCGCCAAGUCGCUUUCAUGGCUCAGUGCCCAAGCCGAGAAGCGGGAUACUCCUCUUACAUUCGUCUUGUACCCUGAGGGUACGCUCGUCAGCAAGCACACAAGACCGCUCAGCAAAAAGUACGCGGACAAGAUGGGCUUUCCAGACAACCGCAACAUGCUACUUCCUCGGUCAACUGGGUUACAAUACUCUCUGCGAGCAUUGUCUCCUCGCAUUCGUAGUCUACAACUUAUAGAUGUCACAGUGGCGUACCCAGGCAUACCUCCUCUCGGCUAUGGACAGUCAUACUAUACCCUUCGUUCAAUCUUCAUGGAUGGAGUCCCACCACCCCAGGUUCACAUGCACGUCCGAAAGUUUGAUGUCUCGCGAGAUGUUCCAAUAGGCGACCUGUCCAAAGUCAACCCGUCAAAACUUCCGAAUGUUUCGGGCGGCCCCAUGAAAGAGUCUGCCGAGACUGACGUCCCGCAAGAUGAAAAGGACAAGUUCGACAAAUGGCUCCGGGAGCUCUGGACCGCGAAGGACCACGAUGUGGAUCGGUAUCUGGACUGCGGCUCGUUCGUGAACGACCCCUCUCUGCGCGUGGAGAUACCCAUCGCCAUCCGCCGAAAACGCGAGAUCUUGGAUGCCUUCUGCUUUUUCAUUCCCGCUCUUCUGGGAUGGAUAUUUUCGAGACUGAAGUAGAGGACAAGUGGAGGGGCCCAGAAUGUAUUUUCUGAUACCAAUGUACUCGGAUCGCUUGACAUACGUCGCUUUUUGUAUUCAUGCACCUGUACUCAUCUCUAGCAAAUGAAUCUUCAUUUCUGCGGAGCUGUCCAAAAUGGUCUGUGCGAUUUGAACUUCCUCGGGCACUUCAGGGAGACGCGAGGCGUCGCUCGGGAUGUUCAAUGUUGAGCGACCCGGGCACAGCCGAGAGAUGCAGUGUCGGGCACAGGACACUGGUAGCCGGAUAUCAGAGGGUGCCUGCUCCUGACUGGAGGCGCUGCUGCUCAAUCCUAUUGACCAGGAAAAGGCUAGUGUCGAGGAAGCGUUCGACGCAGUUGGCGAGGCAACUUGACUCUGAUCGCGAGAAGCUGUUACCCGGGGUGCCAGUAAUGCACUUGUCCCAGCACAUGCUGGUAAAGUUGUGGAUGCUUGCAUUAAGCCGCUGCUGUGCUUGCUCGUUCUCGACAAACGUUUGGAUUUCCUUGUCGCCUCGUCCAACUGGUCAGCCAUGUUUGGGAGCAGGAGGU